CCCUGCCUGAGAGCGUCCGGCGGUGAAGAAUGGCGAGGAAGAAGGCCAAGGAGGUCGCCGGGAAAGGAUCGUCCGGCAAGCGGAAGGCCGCCGCCGCCGCCGGCCACGACGACGACAAGACGGGCGGCGGCCGCGGCCGCAAGCGGAGGAACCGCGGCGUCCUCCAGUUCUUCGAGGACGCCGCCGACGAGAUCGGCGGCGGCGACGACUCCAGCGACGACAGCAUCUUCGACGAUGAAGGUUUUAUGGAAGAAGUUGAUGCUGUGCAAAAUCUCAAGAACGAUUCAUUUAAAGCACAUAACCUUCCAGUUUUCCCCAAAGAAGAGCAGUUUGAGGAGGAAUUCGAUAAAAUUAUGGAAGCACGUUACAGAGAUGGUUCGGCGUUGGUAAGAUUUGCUGAUGAAUAUGAUGCCAAGGACUCAGUUGAUGGAGGUUCUGGUAUGCCUUCUGUUAAGGAUCCAAUGGUCUGGAAAGUUAAAUGCACGGUUGGUCGAGAGAGAAAUUCAGCCUUUUGUCUUAUGCAAAAGUUUGUUGACUUGAUGUCACUGGGUAAGAAGAUUCAGAUUAUAUCUGCAUUUGCUAUUGACCAUGUCAAAGGUUACAUUUACGUCGAAGCAGACCGUCAGUCUGAUGUAAUUGAGUCAUGUAGGGGCCUCUGUAGUAUCUAUACUAGUCGAAUAGUGCCAGUUCCAAGAAACGAAGUUUCCCACUUGCUCUCUGUGAGAAGCAAGCGCAGUGAAGUCUCUGUGGGCAUGUGGGCCCGUGUGAAGAAUGGUAAAUACAAGGGGGACCUUGCACAGGUUGUUGCGGUAAAUGAUGAGCGAAGUAGGGCAACAGUGAAGCUGAUCCCCAGAAUCGACUUACAGGCGAUGGCUGAGAAAUUUGGUGGGGGCGUUUCUAAUAAGAGAACCGCUGUACCAGCGCCCAGAUUAAUCAGCUCAAGUGAACUUGAGGAGUUUCGUCCUAGCAUGCAAUAUCGGCGCGAUCGUGAAACUGGAAAACAUUUUGAGGUUCUUGAUGGAUUGAUGCUCAAGGAUGGAUAUUUAUACAAAAGAAUGUCAUUAGAAGCAUUAAGCUUUUGGAGUGUCAUGCCUUCAGAAGAGGAAUUAUUGAAGUUUCAGCCUGCUGAGAAUAAUGAAUCUGGAGAUGUAGAAUGGCUUUCACAGCUUUAUGGUGAUAAAAAGAAAAAGCGAAUGGUAGAGUGUGAUAAAGGGGGUGAAAAAGGAGAUGGCUCAUCGAGCUCCAAUUCUGCAAAGAAAUACGAACUAUAUGAACUUGUCAGUCUUGGGGGAAAAGAUUUUGGUCUUAUUGUUGGCUUUGACAAAGAUGAUAGUUACAAGAUCCUUCAAGAGGGCCCAGAGGGAAAUAAGGUAUUAAAUGUGGGUGUUCAUGAUAUAAAGAAUGGACCCUUUGAGGGAAAGUUUACAGCAUUUGAUCAGCACAAGAAAGCCAUUUCAGUUAACGACUCAGUUCGGGUGCUGGAAGGUCCAUCAAAGGAUAAGGAAGGGAUUGUCAAGCAAAUCUACAGAGGGAUUAUCUUUUUAUGCAAUGAGAAUGAGGAGGAAAAUGGGGGUUAUACCUGUUGCAAAGCUCAAUGUUGUGAGAAAAUGAAAGCUCCAGUUAAUGCAUUCUCUGAAAAGGGUGCUGAGUCGGGUUUUUUCGGAUUUGAUGAUUCACCGUCUUCUCCCAAAUCCCCUUUGUCACCUAAGAAGUCCUGGCAAGCAAGGGAAAGCAACGACUUUACUCGAGGUGAUAAAGAUGGACCAUUCUCGGUUGGGCAAACAUUGAGAAUCAGGGUUGGCCCUUUGAAGGGAUAUCUUUGCCGUGUCAUAGCUGUAAGGCGUUCUGACAUCACUGUGAAGCUUGACUCUCAACAAAAAGUUCUUACAGUUAAAUCGGAGCAUCUUGCCGAGCUCCGUGGAAGAAGCACUGCUAUAUCGAACGGGGUGGACCCUGAUUCCAGUACUUCAAAACCAUUUGAUCUUUUUGGAAACGAGGGAUGUUCUACAGAUUGGAUAGGUGGAGCUGGAGCUUCAGCAGGUGGCAGUGGCUGGAACACUGGAGGGUCAUCUGCUACGGGGAGUUCGUGGCCUAGUUUUUCUGCCCCAGGAUUUCCGGUUCUGACUGAACAUAAUUCUGCAGAUCCGUCCAGCUCUGCAGGUUUUGAUUCCAAAAAGGAUGUAGAGGACAACGGAUGGGAGAUAAAAGUGGCUCCAGAGCAGAACUCCACCUGGGGUAAAGCUGCAUCUGAUGAUAAAGUGGCCUCUAAUAAUGAUCAAAUAGGUGGGUGGGGAAAAGGUGAUGACAUGUGGAACAAAGCUAGCACAAAAGGUGGUUUUGGUGGCAGUUCAUCAGGCAGCUGGGGUAAAGGAUUGGAACAAACUGGAGAUGCUGCAGAAUCUUCUAAAAAUGAUGCAGGCAAUUGGGGCAGUGCAACACUUGGAGCUGGGAAUGAAAAGGAUAGGGAUGUCACCAACAAAAGUGCAUGGAAGGAUUCGGAUGAAUCCUGGGGAAGAGGGAAGGAGGAUAAUACUGUUGGUUGUGAUAAAGGCGGUUGGAACAAACCAAAGGCUUCUAGCACUGAUGGAGGUUCUUCUUGGAAUAAUUGGAAUAAUCAAGAUGCUAGUUCAUCAUUGGGAAAAGCGGAAGACCCUUCAAAAGAUUCUCAAAGUUGGGGUGGUGCGAACCUCAAGACAAAAAGUCAUCUUGAUUCCUCUAGUGAGGCUGCGGCUUUUGGAGAAAAGAAUAAGGAUUUAAGUGAUAAUUGGGGCAAACAAGCUGGAGUUUCUUGGAAGAGAGCAGAUGGAAGUUCUGGGAACGCAGCUGGUGAGGGCUCAUCACUAAAGAGAGAUGAAGGGGUUUCUUCGUGGAAGAAACAAGAUGGAGUUUCCUCAUGGAGUAAAUUAGAUGGUGGGAAUGAGAAAGAUGGCUCUUCUACAUGGGGUAAACAAUCUGACAGUUCUUGGGAUAAAACAAGUAAAGGAAUUUCUUGGACUGAAUCACAAGAUGAGUCUAAAAGAGAUGGAGGUUCUGGGGAGAGAGAUAGCAAGAAUUCUUCUUGGGGUGUACAAGAUGCUGGUUCUUCAUGGGGUAGGUUAGCUGAUGAGCCUGGACGGGUCGGAGGUUCUUCUUGGACCAAGGAUGUUGGAAUCUCUUGCAAUAAAGCAGACGGGGUUUCAUCAUGGAGUAAGCAAGCUGAUGUACAUAAAGAAGAUGGAGGUUCUUGGGGAAAAGGGGAUGGAAGUUCUUCUUGGGGUAAGCAAACUGGAGGGUCUUCGUGGAACAAACACGGAAAUGAGGACCGAAGUGACAGAUGGAGUACACCUCAAACUGUUGGUGGAGAUCAAGGGCGCAGAGAUUGGGGGAAGGAAAAGAAAGAUGAUUCGAAUAAUCAAGACUCAUGGGAGAGGCAGAAAACAUUUGAUGGGGGUCGUGGGUCAGGUGGGAGAAGAGGAAGAGGUGGUCAACGAGGUGGUGGUCGUUUUGGAAGAGGAAGAUCAUAUGGUCAGGAUUCGUCAUCUGGAUGGAAAAAUGAAGGUGAUGGUGCUGCAUCUUGGGUUAAAGAAAAAGGUUCAGGCGGUUGGGGAAGCUCAGAGGGAUCCUGGGGCAAAGGAAAGGUGGAUUCUUCUGGGGAUUGGGGUCAAGGUGGAUAUGAGAGCCGCGAUCAAAGAGGCAGUUGGAACAAACCCAAGUCUUUUGGUGCUGAUGGAGGAUCUUGGAAUAGACAAGAUGAAGGAUCUUCCUUGAGUAAGCCGGUUAGAGGAUCUGGGAAUGAUGCUGGAGUUAACUCUUGCAAUCAGGAACCGAAAGCUGACUUUGCAUCUUCCUGGGGAAACAACAACGAAGGUUCAAAGAGUGACUGGGCUAAACCCAAGGACUCCUGGGAGAAAGAGAAGGGGUAUUCAGGAGCUGGUGGAUGGAGCAAAGGUAAAUUUGGUGGCAACGAUCAAACUGACAGCUGGAACAAGCCAAAGAUUUCUUCUGGAGGGUCUUCAUGGAACAAUCAAGGUCAAAACGCUUCAUGGAAUGCACAAGAGGGAGACACUUCAAGAGCUGGGGAUGACAAGUGGGAUGAUAGGAUUGGAAGCCUCAAUAAAUCUUCUUCCAGUGCUGCACCAUGGGGAAAGAAAAAACUCACAAGCAACGCUGAGAGCAGCGGGAAAAAGUCCAAGGAAUCUUGCGACACUGGAAAUGCAGAUUCUGGUGCAGAUGUGUUGAAUAAAGGUGGAUCUACUGGCCAGGAGAUGGACCAGUGGAGCAACCCAAAGGCUUCCAAUGCCGCCGGAGAGUCAUGGAGCAAAAGCGGAAGCGCUUGGAAUAAACCAGAUAAAGAUUCUUCAUAUAGUAAGCAAGAUGGAGGCUCUUCUUGGAGUGGUUUGGGAAGUGGGAAAAAUGUUGAUGGUUGGAAGAAAACUGACUCUUCUGUUGGGGGAGAGGGGUCUGGUGGUUGGAACAAGGGAUGGUCUGGAAACAAAUAUGAUUCUGAUGGUGGGUCAUUGAAUAAAUUUGGAGGCUCUUCUGGUAAAGAAAGUGGAGAAUCCGCAUGGUGCAAACAAGGUGGUGGGUCCUCCUGGGCUGGGCAGGGAAGUGGAAACUAUGGUGAUGGUGGGAAGAAAACUGAGAAUUCUGGUGGAGGAGAAGGGUACGGUGGUUGGAAGAAGGGAUGGUCAGGAAACAAAGAUGGCCCUGGUGGAGGGCCAUGGAAUAAAGAUGGAAGCUCUUGGAAGAAAGAAAGUGGAGAUUCUUUACAGGGCAAACAAGGUGGUAGGUCCUCCUGGGCUGGGCAGGGAAGUGGAAAUAAUGGUGAUGGUUGGAAGAAAACUGAGAGUUCCGGUGGAGAAGGAUCUGGCGGUUGGAAUAAGGGUUGGUCUGGAAACAGAGAUGAUGCUGAUGAUGGGUCUUGGAAUAAAAAUGGAGGCUCUUCGAAUAAAGAAAGUGGAGAUUCUUCAUGGGGCAAACAGGGUGGUGGGUCCUCCCGGGCUGCACAGGAAAGUGGUGCCAGUGGUGAUGGUUGGAAGAAAACUGAGAGUUCUGGUGGAGGAGAGGGUUCCGGUGGUUGGAAGAAAGGAUGGUCAGAAAAUAUGGAUGAUGCAGAUGGGAGCAGUUGGGAGAGGCCGAGACCAAAAUGAUGGGGGCCAAGGAUGGUCAGGUGGGAGAAUGGGGAGGGGAGGCGGCCAAGGUGGUAAUUGAGAUCAAUUUGCUGGCGCACGAUAAUAUAAUUGUGGUCAGUCUGCAGGAUGGAAUGGCCGAUGUUUCUAAGUGUGGGACUUCCUAAACCUUUUGGGACGCAUAACUUGCCAGCCUUUGUUGAUAUUUUGGUAAGUACUACUUUGCGGUGAAAGUUAUUUUUAGGGACGGCGGACAAAUGUCUAGAAUAUGUUAUGGAACAGUAGAAAUGUUUGGAAUAUUAUGUUGUUUCUGUUGUUA